CCCCGGCCUUGACCGCCGAUGGGCGGUGCUCGGAGCCGGCCGGUAUGGCCCUGGGAUUUGCUGGGGACUCCGCCGCCAUCGCCUGCACGCCGCUCCACGUCCGCGGAAUUCGCCGCGAGUGCCGGACAAUCGCCGGGCGCAGCCUGUGCGGAUGUGGGGCGCGGCGCGGGAGAGGAGGAGGAGCGGGAGGUGGUCUCGGUGGUCCUGGUAGACCCAGCGGGAGGAGGUGGAAGAGGGUCUGAUGCAACAGACUCGGCGCUGCGCCGCUGCUGUCCUGGUACGGAGGCAAGGACGGGAGAUGAGGAGCGGCUGUCGCAAUUGCAGGUGGUGGCGGGUGACGGCGGAGGAGGCGGUGGGCGAGGCCUCCGAGGACGUGUCACCGACAACGACGCGGAGGCCGACGAGCGGUGGGACGGCGCGGAGCAGAGUGCCGGGGAUGCGGGAGCCCUGGCCCACACCCCGAGCCACACACGCACCACGGAGGACCUCUUCGCAGCCAUCCACAGGUCCAAGCGCAUCCAUCUGGGCCGCCACAAUUCGGAUGACACUUUCCUGCGACACCGGUCCAUGUCGCCACCCGUGCGUUCGCCGGGGAACCCAUCACCCGGCGGGGCCCCCGGGGGGACGCGAGGCCCCCCGGCACGCCGUCCAGGUCGCAAGCAGAGCACCAGCAGCGACGACUUCAAGGCGCUGCUGCUUCGCAAGGGCGCGCGCUCCGACGUCGGCACACGCAUGUCGGCCGUGGAGAUGCUGAGGUCGGCGCGUUCGUCGAACGCGCCCGCUGGGGCCGCGGCGCCAGACCGGCCGGAGGACGAGGCGGAGUUCGCGGAGGCCGACGCUCCGGUGCGCGAUAGGAGCCGGCGCUUCGUCAGUGAGGGCUUCUCCCCGCGUGGUGGCGGCGGGGGAUUUGGCGGCUCGCCGGGCACGCCGCCACCACGCCUCGGCCGAUCCAACACCCCGCCGAGCGCCGGCUCCAGGCGCUACAACAACCGCAGCCGACUGCACAGCACUCCCAUGCAGGCGAUUCGCGAGGGCGAGGGCGAGGCCGGUGGGGACGCGGUGCCCUCGUAGAAACCCGCCCCGUCGACGCCCGCUAGGUUGCCGGAUCGUGGCUCCCCCCGCGUCCUCGCAUGGCCUGGGCCCGGCUCCCGCGGGGAGAGCGGUGGUGUUCGCUCGGCUGUAGCCGUGCGCGGUAAUGGCAUGCGUGGUGACGCCGUCACGGUAACGGCGUGCGCGUUUUUAACGGUAACUUAUUGUCUUACGGCGGUGCGUAGACGAACGAACGGGCGGGCGAGUGCAUGGUGUAUAGAGCGGGCUGGGCGGGGGGCGGGGCCCCGCGGGGCGUCCUGCACCAUCACGGCCUCUGCCCGCAAUGGGAGGCGCCCUGGUGGAGGAGGUGGCGUCGAAACGAACGCUGUCUCGCCUCUUGCCCCCUUUCGCGACGACGUGGGGAGAACCCCCUCGCCGCUUCCUCCUCUCUGCUCCGGGUUGGCAGGGGGUGCUGUUGGGGCGGGUAGAGAAACGGGUCCCGACACUCCGUCUGGUCGCUGGUAGACUGGAGGAGUAGGUGGCCCGUGAUUCGUAGCCACGGCCACAGUGAGAGGUGGAAUACUGGAUGUGGUGUGCCGGUUGUGGAAAGAUUUUUUCAGUGUCGCCAACCGACCUGGACAGACAUGACUAAAAUGAAUUCCUGGACGGUGCGCGAGCAGAAUUGCACUGCAUGCGUUUGUGUGUUUUUUAAUCGCGAUGGCGAAGAUGAUGAUGAUGUAGAAUUUGUAACGUUCGCUGUUCGUUUACUGUCCGAGAGACGGAGAGAAUGAGGAUGAUGCAGAGGCACGGAGAAUCACAGACAAGUGGGGGAAAGUAUAUUCUGGUUCUUUCGAAAGAACCAAGAAUAUGAAUCCCUGCAGUCACGAAAGCUUUUAAAUCAAAAUUUAAAUGAGGGAAGGUAGCCAGAAAUGGCACCAGCAAUUUCCGAAGCUCUGUGGUCCUAUGUCGAGAUGUUCAAACAACUCCGUUAAUAAUAAUAAUGAGGUUUUUUUUUAUAAUUGUCAGGAAACCAGAGCACCUGGAGAACACCCACACGCCCGAGUGUGGAUAACACAGAUAGCAAUUAACCCACUUGCUGCACUGCCAUACCCCUGGCCAGCCAGGAGAAGGUGACCUCGACAUGAAAGCACGUGUGAUCCACCAACCCCCGCCGCCUCCACAGCGCUGGCUUGCAGCCGUGUGCAGCGUAGCGAGCAGCUGACUGUGGGGGCGCUUCCCAGUGUGGACCACCGUGGCGCCAUGUGGUUUCAGAGACAGGAGCAGGGGGUGGGGUCCCCCCCUGUGUGUGGGGAGGCGGGGGAUGGUGAAGUGGGGAGAUAUUUGAGAUUGAAUUCAAAAUAAACUGUUUUCUCUGCCGGG